UUCUGCCACCAUGGUUCUACGUGGGAGUUCUCGGCGCAGCUUCCACGGUCCGCGCAUCGCCUCCUCGCCGAAGGAAAGACGUCGCUGAUCGGCCACGCCGAGUAGCAGCAGCACCAAGCAAGAAACUACUCCACUCUGAUCGUUCUGCUGCUAGUUCUCCUUUCCUGUCACCUAAAUACUUUCUAUCUAUACAGAUCAUAUAUAAUCUAUACAUACAUCUUCCCGGUGUGUUUAAGUUGUCUUUAUAGUUUUUGUGAUGGAUUCGCGUCAUCGAUAGUGUCAUCGAGUGAAAGUAAUCGUCCAAGAAGUUAACUUAUUCUUGGAUGAGAAUGAAGGAGAUCGGUUGAGAAUCAUUGGUAUUUUAGCUUUAAGGGUGAUGUGGAGGAUGCAGGAGGGUAGAAUCGUGUCGCCUCUAGGACCGGUCGUCCUGCCUAGGGAGGAGGCCGACACGCGCGUUCCACUUUCGAUGCCUUCGCAGGAAAGGAGGCACGUGUUGCUGCACGUACGCACUGCCGAUCCUUUCCUACGUUACGAAAACAACAUCAGGACGCAGCAAACUAACACGACUAAUCAACAGCAAGUAUCGUCAUCCUCGCCACCACCCCAUCAACAACAACAACAACAACCACCACCCAGUUCGUUGUCGAGUCCUAGCGUGACAACGAUUUCACCGAUCUUGAGGGCCGUCGCGAGAACGAACGACGAUUUGGAAGGGUCGAGGAUUAGGGAUAGGAAGAACGACGUUGAUAUGGAGAUGGAGGAUGAGGACGAGGAGGAAGAAGAAGAACGGAAGGAACGUGAUGCGGACGAGGAUGACGACGACGAGGACAUGGACGACGAGAGAAAGACGAUAGAAAGGAGAAACAGGAGCAUGGGGGACGAAGAGGAAGAUGAAGAGGAACAAGAAGAGGAAGACGAGGAGGACAGCAGAGAAAACAGGGACGAGGAGGAUGUCGAAGUUGACGUUUGCAGAGAAGAAAGUCCGGAAAGUAAUCCAAGUAGUCCGGUCGACUUAACGGCACCCUCGUCAAGGGGUACCGAUCAACAACUCUUCCUUAAUCCCUUCGGAACCCGUAUGACGCACACUUUUUCUUGCGUUCAAGGAACUGGACCACCAGUUGGUGGUGGUGGUGGUGGUGGACACUUAGGUGGAGUACAAACGGCACCGCACAACGCGCCGCCGUCGGUCUACAUUUCCGGACACGUAGCUACUGGUUCCGCGGUUAUGACCAUUUGUUCCGGCGGUAACGGAAGUUCGCGAACCACGACUGGAAAUAUAACGAGCACUACGGCAACUAACACCGUACCACCCACCACUAAGAGGUGCUUAGCAUUCUCCGUUGAAAACAUACUAGAUCCAAACAAGUUCACCGGCGGACGCGUUAUCCACAAUCGGGUGCAACAUCGACGUCAUCGUCGAUCCGGCAGCGUACACGAAGAUGGAGACUCCCGAGGCGAGUUUGCCUCUGGCAGUGGUCAAGAGGACGAAGAAGGAGCCGUCGAAACUGCGAUGGAGGAAACUGAGGAGGACGUGGAGGAGGACGACGAGGAGGAGGAUAUAGAAAUGAGAGUAGUGGUCGAUCGUGACCCCUCUAACGUAACUCGUGAUCUCGGAAAUCAGCCCUCAAUUGGUUCUAAUAAUAACAACAACAACAACAAUAAUAACAACAACAAUAAUAACAAUAACGGUGCAUCGAAUGGUUGCAAGAAGAGACAAUCCUCUUCCUCGUCCUCCUCAUCGUCUAGCGGCGUUCAAAUACAGAACUGUCAGAGUCAAAAUGGUCAAGAACAGAACUCUCAAAACGGUUCGAGUAAUAGUGGGGGUGGUAGUGGGGGUGGUAGUGGUGGUGGUAGUGGUAGUGGUGGUGGUGGUAACAACGGUGGUGGUAGUACAGGUGGUAAACCAAGAAGAGCUAGGACUGCUUUCACUUACGAACAACUGGUAGCAUUGGAGAACAAAUUUAAGACUACGAGAUAUUUGUCGGUAUGCGAACGCCUAAAUCUUGCAUUAUCUUUAUCCCUGACGGAAACUCAGGUUAAGAUUUGGUUCCAAAAUCGACGGACCAAGUGGAAGAAACAAAACCCGGGAUUGGACGUUAACAGUCCAACUGUACCAACUACCCCACCGCAUCCGUCACCUUACGCGCCAGCUUUCCUAUUCGCAACGCAUCCUCAUCAACAUCCUUUACCACAUUCUCACGCGCAUCCUCAUCCUCAUUCGCACGCACACGUUCAUCAUCCGUCGGCAGUGGCACCUCCACCACCUGGUUAUUAUCAUCAUCCGGCAGCACCACCAACGGCCUAUGCUCCACCCGGAACAACCUUCUUCGGACACCACCUUCCUACGACGCCUACAGCCGCCACAGUUUCUGCAUCUGCAUCAGCAGCAGCAGCAGCAGUUGCAGCAACUUCGUCUCCUUCCUCGACCUCGGUCUUGGCCCUAUCAUCUCACACCCAUACUCACGCACAUCCACACCCGCACGCGCAUCCGCACGCGUAGCGAACUCGAAAAUCCUCUUCCUCGAUCGAAUCUUAUUCUUCUUAGGCUUCUUUUAUCGUUGCGAUAGAAGACCAAUUUUAUCACCUUUGUAAUAUAUUCCAUUUGUUUCAUUGAAUGAAGGAAAAGUAAAGAUAGAGAGAGAGAGAGAGAGAGAGAGAAAGAGUUAAACAGUUACAAAGUUACAGUUAAAAAGUGAGGAGUUUCAUGAUGAAACGUAUUGUUAUUUGAUUGCUUUAUUUGUUUCUUUCUAAAA